GUUAAAUAAGGCAGCAACAGACAUGAGAGGAGAAACAUCUCAGUUGGUUUCAGUAAUAUAACUUUUUCAGAAUAUUGCAGAGCGAACAGGAGAAUAAUUCUGAGCCAACUUUAGAGACUGAAUCAUUUGUGAAGGUAACAGAGCAGUAAGGCACCAUGGCUGCUUUCAGAUGGAGUCAAAUGGUUUUACUUCUGAUCCUCAUGCUUCAGUUUAUAGCACAAACUGAGAUGCAGAAAACCUUCCUUACUGUCAGAGGAGGAGAUAACGUCACUUUGCCUUGUGGAAUCAGACGAGACACAAAAAAUAAAUCUGAUGAAACUGCUUGGCUUUUCAAUGAUAGACAUACAUAUCAAACAAAAACACUGGUCAAACUGGGAAAUUCUCACAUAGAAAUGAAAACUAUAUCAGACAGACUGAGUGUUACAGCAAACGGUUCUCUGCUUCUACAUAAUGUCACAGAGAAGGAUGUUGGCCGGUUCACAUGCCGUUGGAUCACAUCAGGAACACAACAUGACUUUGUUGCGCUUCUAUCUGUAAUUACUAUCUUUGAGCAGCAGAACUCAGAAAAAGUCACCUUGUUCUGCUCUGUGCUCCAAUAUGAUGACUGUCUACAUGAGGUGAAGUGGCUUUAUGAGGGGAAAGAGGAAAAACACUCAGAUAUGGAAAUAUCUCAACAUUCCUGCUCUGCCACUGUGACAUUUCCAACAUCUCAUCAGAAAUUAGACAUUUAUCCGUCACUAACAUGUAAAGUCACAAACUCAGACACUAAAGCAGUUCAGCUGUUCCCCUGCAGUCUUCAGUCUUCAGAGGAGAUCCAGUCAACACCAACACCAACACAUCACUGGACACCUGCACGGAGCAACAAUGAAGAAUAA